AAUAAAAUUGGUAUCAUAACGUCAUAUCGCAAACAAAACUUUCAAACCAAAAUUUUCAUCACAAAAUUAUUGUGGAAUGUUGUCCAAAUUUGUAACGGGUAUUAUAGAAGAAGAAACUGACGAGCAAUCAAGGAAAACUGCCACAGGUACAGGUACAGCACUUGAAAAAUCAUACGCCGUUUCGGGUAGAGCAGACGCCACAUCAAACAACACCGUGAAACAUAUUAAAAAACCCAUCAGCCUAACGCAAACAAGUCUGGCUACCGAAAGAUGGUCUCAGUUUCAAAUGAUGGAAUCUAAAGGACUGGGAAAAAUCAGUGCGAAGGAACUCCAAGACGCGUUUCUCACAUUUCAAGGGAAGCACUUUUCGGACGCCUCGUGCAAAUUCGUCGUGCGACUCUUCGACUUGGACCGCAAUGGUGGUCUGGACGUUCCCGAAUUUGAAAUGCUCUACUCGUACGUAAAGCAAUGGGUUUCGGCGUUUAACCACAUCGACAAGAACCGUACGGGGUUUUUGGACGAAGCGCAAUUUGAUCUAGCGCUUCGGGAAAUGGAUAUCAACUUUAGCCCGGAUUUUAUAAAAUUUUUGAUUAGUAGAAAUGAUCAAAAUGGUAAACGGGUGUCCUUGGAUCAAUUUAUAGUAAUUUGCGUCCAGAUUCAAAGGUUUACAGACGAGUUUAAGGAGAGGGAUACCAACUUGACAGGGAAAAUCAACUUGAAGUAUGAAGAUUUUUUGGAAAUAAUUAUGAAAUGUGUGUAACUAUGACUGAUAAACCCACUCGACGAUUUCAGACAAAUAAAUAAGCUUUAAUUCUU